GACGGUUGAAGCUAUACCAUACCUGAAGACCUCCUUCGAUAUUGACAGUCAGAGGAACUCUACUAGCAAAGACUUGUGGAUGUUAGAACCCUUUGAUUACUCACUUUAUGGACAAGCUUCGGCGCUGUCUGGUAGAUAUGAUGAUGAGACGAAGCUAGUAAUGUCCUUUGCACACGAGGGGACAAUCCUGAGAAAAUGAAGAAGCUUAAAGAUUGGUCGGUGAAGUUCCUUCGUAGGAGCCCGGAUGCUCUGAUGCACUUGCCCAACUUCUAUCUGGCCAGCCUGAGAGCCACAUCCUGACCGUGCCUGGCGGACCAAAGUAGCUUCAUGAGCACAAAUAUACGUUCAAAACUGAUGUACGUCUUCGUAAGCGAUGAAAGACCUGCACAGUCAGUGAACCACAAGUAAAACCCUUUGCAUGCUCGAGUUGCAAAUAUACCUGGUAUUGGUAAAGAAAAUCGGCACCACUAAUAGCUCUAAAAUGUGUCAAAAGACAAACUGGAAAACACACAAAACAAUGUACUGUGAAAUAACUGAUUAUAACAGUCACAUCGAAGAAUUCAAAAAAGUCGAUUCAAGCUGCAUCGGAGUGAUCUAUAUGGCGAGGAGGUCAUCUCGGAUCCAGUGACUUUGCCUUUGCCCAUGCACUCGGGCUCCACCGCGAUCCCACUCGGAGCCACACCCACAUUGUCCUUUGCGGCAUUCACUACACUCCUCAUGCCUCCAAAGACCUCAAAUACAAGUCGUAUCCGCUCUGGUGGCGUUUUCCAUGAUAUCGUAGACGUACUAUCCGAGAUCGAAGAGGUUAUGGGACUCAAGAAGGGAGAAGCAAUGGAGAUGAUUCAGGACUGUCAACAGGAUCCAGACGUCGUUCCUAUCGCUUCAAAUGGAGGGGGCCUGCCAAUGUUGACUGUUUUGAAUUGCGCAAAUGUGCGGAAAUAUUUAAGAUGCACAUCGAUCUCUCCCAAAACACUUCGCAACACACCUUACAACCCUCACUGGCGCAACUCAAUCAAUCAAUUCGAAGAAGCACCACCGUCGAAAAUGCGGUUGAAGAGACCCGAGAUAAAAGAUGCAGAGUGCAUAUUUUGAUCCAAGUUAUCACUUGAACUAUUGAAUUUCUUGGUCGCAGAUUUUUUUUUCCAAUGACUCUUUGAGGUAGAUCUUUGAUUCCAUAUUUUAUAGCCAUUCGAUCGUGAUCACGAUCACGAUGACCCAACUGCGCGAUCGUUUUUGUUUCAUAUUACGAUCAUUAUAUCGAUAUGAUAUGUCC